AUGCUUGGAAGUGGACUACUGCUGCUCUUGCGGCUGCUUGGCGGCACAGCUCAGCAUGACACCGACUGGGGCACACAUUUUCUGGACAUGUCAUACGGCCGGGCAACACCAGCCAGCACGGGCAACAUCUCCAGCAAUCCGCACAUCAAUGCCAUUGAGCAUCAGGAGGAGCCACCGACGCGCAUUGUCAACGGCAUACGCAUACCCUGCGAGCGUGCACCCUACCAGGUGGCGCUGCGCUACGAGGGUCAGUUUGUCUGCGGCGGCAGCAUCUUGUCCCGCUAUUGGGUGCUCACGGCCGCCCACUGUGUCGUCGGCUACAGGGGCAACUAUCGGGUGCGUGUGGGCUCCGCUGUGCAGCCAAGCGGCGGCCAGCUGCAUCGGGUGCUGUUUGCUGUGCCCCAUCGCGGCUACAACAAGAAGACCAUGCAGAACGAUGUGGCGCUGCUGCGCCUAGCCACGCCCCUGCGCUAUGGGCGCUGCGUGCAGCCGGCGCGCCUGCCCAGCAGCAGCCGAGAAAAGCAGUCGCCUCCACCGCGCUGCUAUAUGGUCAGCGGCUGGGGCUUGCGCAAGGCGUCAGCACAGAAUGUGCAGCGGCAUCUGCGCGCCACCGUCGUGUGCAGGGUGUCAGCCGGUCGGUGUCGCGGCAUGUACAAAAAAGGCGGCGUGCGCAUCUACAACCAAAUGCUGUGCGCCCAGCGCUUGGGCCACGACAGCUGCUCCGGCGACUCGGGCGGACCGCUGGCAUUUGGACGCACGCUCUACGGCGUCGUCUCCUUUGGGAUUGGCUGUGCCAACAAAAACUAUCCGGGCGUCUAUGUAAAUGUCAGGCGAUUCAGAGGCUGGAUACGCUAUGUCAUCAAGAGCUUCUCUUAA